AUGAGUCAGAAGGGUUUGAUAUACAGCUUUGUUGCGAAAGGAACCGUCGUUCUAGCGGAGCAUACUCCUUAUUCAGGAAACUUUAGCACCAUUGCUGUUCAAUGUCUGCAGAAGCUACCCACAAAUAGCAGCAAGUAUACUUACUCUUGCGACGGUCACACUUUCAAUUUCCUUGUCGACAAUGGUUUUGUGUUUCUUGUGGUUGCUGAUGAGUCUACUGGAAGAAGUGUUCCUUUUGUGUUCCUUGAACGGGUUAAGGAAGACUUCAAGAAGCGGUAUGAGGCGAGUAUAAAGAACGAUGAGCCACACCCUCUUGCAGAUGAUGACGAAGAUGAGGAUUUGUUUGGAGAUCGGUUUAGCAUUGCGUACAAUCUCGACAGGGAGUUCGGGCCUAUACUUAAGGAGCAUAUGCAGUAUUGUAUGAGCCAUCCAGAAGAGAUGAGCAAACUUUCAAAGUUGAAGGCUCAAAUAACUGAGGUCAAGGGGAUCAUGAUGGACAACAUUGAGAAGGUCUGCUUUUGUAGCUUUGUGUGA